AAAUAUCUAGCAAAGACAUGUUCAAAUAACUGCUCAGGAACAUAUCCACCAUCCACGUCAAGCACUGCUUCCCAUUUGCUAGCCAUUCACUUCUUUAAAAGUUGUAAAACCAGCCAUCUUAAAGCUCAUCUGAGGUCGCACAUCGGAUCACGGCCGUUCCAAUGCCAAUGGUUUCAAUGUGGAAAGACAUUUUCACGAUCGGAUCAGUUACAGCGCCAUCUGCGAGCACACACUGGUGAACGACGACAUCACUGUCCGAGAUGUGGGCGAGGCUUCGCUAGGUCUGAUCAUUUGAAGCAACAUCUAGUCACGCAACAUCCAAUCUGCACGUGA